GUAAUUUUUAAAAAGCCUCUGAUUUCAAUUCCAAAAAGGAAAUGAAAUAGUAGCCGGUUAAAUAUCUGUUCCCUUCCCUCCAUCUAUGGUAUAUCUUCACCGAUAAUCUCACUCUUACACACACAUAUAUUCACUCUCACGCACCCCUAAAAAACGAUAUCCCCAAAAGGGCUGCCUCCUUUCCCCGUUUUCCCACUUGGGAUUCAUUCAGAAUUGCGGGCAACUAUAAUUAAGCGGUGGAUUUUGGAGUUAGGGUUCCUGAAUAUCUGCAGUUAGCUCGCAUAAUCCUGAAACUACUUGGGUUCUGGCAAAGAUUCGGAUUUUUGAAUCACAUGGAAGCUUACAAGAGAUGGGUUCGGAUGAACAAAGACUACGUGCAUUCUCUUGAGUCUUUAACUAAUUUAUAACUUAUGCUUAUCACUGCGGACUGAAGUUGCAUUAACACAUCAGAAACGUAGUUAAAACCCAAAUUCUUAUUGCUUCUAAGAGGGUGCUUGAUUGAUGGGUUUGAAGAUGGGGAUAUGGCCGUCCGUGGCUGAAAAAUGUGGGGAUUAACAUGGCUUCUACCGGAGCGGUUCUCUGAUUCAGAAAUUGGACCUGAAGCAGUUACAUCAAUAUUGGGCAUUAUAACCACCAUCAAUGAGCAUAUAGUUGAGACAGCUCCAAGUCAUACACAGUCAAGGCAUGUAGAGCCUUCGUCCUUCCCAUUCUCACUCUGCAUAACUUUACUUAAGGACUUGGAAACUCUAGUUGAAGUUGCUGCACAGCAGUUUUAUGGUGAAGAGCAGAAAUGGAGCUUCAUGGCCAUUACAGAAGCAAUCAAGGUAUUACUUAGAUUGGCAAUUCUGCAAAAGAGUGGGUAUAAAAUGCUUUUGCAUGGUGGGGAGACUAUAAACGACCAGAGCGAGUCUGCUGAUCUUGACUCGCAGAGAAAUGCGCUAUCAUCAAAGCCUGGACCACAAGGGGUUCCUUCCAUUCUGAAAAAUCAUCAAGGACAGACUCCAUGGAAUCUUGAGGGAAGGGCUUUGUCUGCCUUAAAUAGAUUUGGUGAAAAUGCCAGGACAGUUUCUGAACCCACGUGGUUACGCAGGGUUCAGCACCAGCAGGAAGUCAUGGAGCCUUCAACGCCAGUGACUGAUACGCCUAGUCUCUUUACUUUCUUGUCUGAGAAGGGUAUGCCAGGGGGCUUAUUUCUGACGGGUGAGGUGAUGUAUAUCUUAAGGCCACUCAUAUACGUAUGGCUUGUUAGAAAAUAUGGGGCGCGAUCAUGGUUUCCUUGGCUUACUUCUUUGGGUGUGGACCUCGUUGGAAGUGGAGUUAUUUCAUUUGUCACAACAUUGUGGCAAAAUAACAAUGGUUUCCGUCUCUCCAACAAUGAGAAGAAUGAGUUAAAAAGGCGGAAAUUGUUGUGGGCACUAUACCUCAUGAGAGAUCCAUUUUUCACCAAGCAUACUCGGCAAAGACUCGAUGGUGCUCAAAAGCUACUAGAACCCAUCCCCAUUGUCGGGCUUCUAACUGAGAAACUUAUUGAACUCCUCGUUGGAGCCCAGACGCGGUACACCUACAUGUCUGGUUCGUGAUGGAAAUCCUCUACGAGCUCCUCUUUAAUGGUGAAGCUUCUGCAGAGUAAUACCUCAAAUCAUGUUGUAACUCAACAAGUAUUUCAUCAUGAUAAUAAAUUAGAGAGAACAUAGUCAUCUCAUGUGUGUUAGAUAUAUACAUCCAUUUUCUCUGCUCCUUUUUUGUCACCAAACUCAGAAAUGCAUUUGUAGUUUAUGCUUCCAUUUCUAUGAAAUAGCUAUUUGGGAUC